AUGGACGAAAAGGUUGAUAUCGAGCGGUUGGCUCUUCGCUCAGGCCUGGUGGUGGGUGGUAGAAGCCGGAAGCGACAGAUAACAUACGCCUCGCUGGUCGCGUUUGCUUUAUUAUCGGCGGCGUCUGUACUCCUACGAUCUGGAGCAUUCACAUAUUCGAGAAACUGCACAUCGCAUCUGAGUCCCUUGGAGCAGGUGUUGGCGCAGGCUCCUUUGACUGAUGGCCACAAUGACUUUCCGAUAUGGACUCGGGCCUAUUAUCAGAAUCACAUCUACCAGGCCAACUUCACCAGCGAGGGAGAUCUGUAUGGCCAAGUCGACUUCCCACGCCUGCAGCAAGGACGGCUAGGUGCCCAAUUCUGGAGCGCCUAUGUCGAAUGUCCGAGAACUCCAUACACCGCUGCUAAUGAUAGCGAAGAUCUCUACCAUGAGAUAAUCAGAGAUAGCUUCCAGCAAAUCGACCUGGUGCAUCGCAUGAUCGAGCAUUUCCCGGCGCAUCUGGUCCCAGCAUCAUCGGCAGCCGACAUCGUGCACAACUUCCGUACCUCUCCAGGAAGGAUUUCCAGCCUGCUCGGCAUCGAGGGACUGCACCAAAUCGGCACCAGUGCCAGCGUGCUGCGCAUGUAUCACCGGCUCGGCGUGCGAUAUGCGACUCUCACGCAUACAUGCCACAACCACUACGCUGACAGCGAGGCCCCCUCUGCACCCCAGCAUAAUGGCCUCUCACCUGCCGGAGAAGCAAUCGUUGCUGAGAUGAAUCGGCUGGGGAUGAUCGUGGAUAUCUCACAUACCAGCUUCGCGACUCAGCGUGCCGUGCUGGCUCUCUCUCGGGCACCGGUCAUGUACUCGCACUCGUCCGCCUACUCCGUAUGCCCGCACUCGCGCAAUGUACCAGACGACAUCCUCAAGACCCUUCAGAAGAACGAUGGGAUCAUAAUGAUAACUUUCUAUCCCGAGUUCACCAACUGCGAGAGUGCAGACAAAGCCUCCCUGUCUGACGUUGCUGACCACAUCCAGUACGUGGGCAACCUGAUCGGCUACCGCCACGUCGGCUUAGGAAGCGAUUUCGAUGGAAUGGCUCAUGGGAUGCGAGGACUGGAAGAUGUCUCAAAGUACCCUGACCUUAUCCAGGAACUGCUGGAUCGUGGCGUCUGUGUUGAUGACCUGGUCGGAGUCAUUGGCGGUAAUGUUCUCCGCGUUUUGGCGGCAGUCGAGGACGUAGCUCACAACUCCAGGCAUAUCCUGCCCCUGGAGGAUGAUAUCAAGCCUUUCUUCAAGUAA